GAAAUUAAACUCAUAAUGUUUAUUGUAAACACUUGGUUAGACCACAAGAUGUAAUGCUGUAAUAUAAUAAGGAAGGUAUGUCUAAAGUAUAAUACACAAAUUUAUUAAGGAAUUCUAGACAUUUAUAGAAUGUAUACAUAGUAAUCACACUUAAGUAAGUGCCAUGUAGAGAAGCCAGAAGAGGAGUGGAGGGAAGUUAAUUCGGAUAAGAUAUAGCUUUGUGUUUAAGAUAUUUGGGAAAAAUUAAUAAAAAAUUAUUGGGGGGGGAGGAAAUAACAAAGAUCUCAGACAAUUUCAGCUGGUGAGUGUUAGGUGAUGGUGUCCAACUGAAAACCACAUGUGCUUCUGUAAUCUGGUGGUUCCCAAAUUCUCUCCCCCCCCACAUGGAUCACUUGAAAAUUGCUAAUGGUAUUGGUGGAUCACUUAAUUAUUUUUCCUCCCUGCUGUAGCAAUUGUGUUGCCCUGUGCUAGAUAGUUUUUUCUUUGUAGCUGUAUUUUUAAUGCCUGUUUUAUUUCUUAUACCAUAUUUGAUUGUAUUAUCAUUUGCAUUCCGUAAAAUUCAAAUGGCAAUAAAAGAAAACACAAUAUAAGGAAUAGCAGCAAAAAUACAAUUAAAAAUCAAUGUUAAUUUUUAAUGCUUAUGUGCUGUGGACCAGCUGAAUGAAGCUGGUCCAUGGACCAAAAUCUGGGAACCCAUGCUUCAAGGCAAGGAAACUCUGGUUAAGAAUCCUUGCAUCGUUUAUGUGUUUGUUCCAUUUCUAUCCCACCUUUCCUCCAAGGCUGAUGUUUAUGGUUCUCCUCCUCCCUAACAACGCUGAGAGGUAGGUAAGGCUGAGAUACCGUGACUGGCCCAAGGUCACCCAUUGAGCUUGAUGGCUGAGUGAACCCUGGCCUCCUGUGUCCUAGUCCAACACUCUAAGCAAGGCCCCUGUCAUGGACUUGGUUGGGUGCAGAGGUGUAGAGGGAGGCACCAGCUGGGGAACCCCCAAGGGAAGAAGACUCAGAGCCUGGGGAUUGGUGGUGGGACUACAAUGAGUGGUCAGGGGGAGAAGAGGGAGCAGCCUGGGAGGAAGUGUCUGAAGCUGAAGAGGUAACAGAGAGAGUCUGCGAGAGAGAGAUGUCCGGAACCAGAGGCAGAAGCGGAAGCUGGAGAAGAGGGUGUUCAAAAGGCAGGGAUGAGUCAGGCUGGUGAAGAAGGCAGUGUGCCUCCUCCUCCUGCAGCGACCAGCUCCCUUCCCUACUGUUCUCCCAGAACCAGAAGAGGUAUGAAGAGAGAGGAGCAAAGACAGGCAUGACCACUGUCUCAGAUUGCUUGGGAAGGAUCUGGGAGAGGAGGAGAAUUCAGUAACUGUGGGAAGGCCUUUAGUCUCAUGGGGCAAGAUUGACCAGGGCAAGUUCCUGUGCUCACUGGGCCUGGCCUCCUUGAGCCGCCCUUGUUUCCUUGAGUAAGGGGUUAACAAGGUAUCAUUGGAACCUGGAAGCCACCGUAGGUGCUUCUGUGGCAGAGAGGGUAGUGGUGAGGAGGGCACACCAAUGGAGGUGCCCCAUGGAUUCCUCUGCCUAAGGUGGCUGUCUCAGUUUGCCUCAUGGAUGGGCUACCCUGAGCAGCAAGGAUGGCUGCUUCUGACCGCCAUGCCCACUUAGAAUAACAGAACCACAGAAUCAUAGAAUUGUAGAGUUGGAAGGGAACCCGAGGGUCAUCUAGUCCAACCCCGUGCAACGUAGGAAUCUCAACUAAAGCAUCCAUGACGGUUGGCCAUCUCACCAUAGGAUUGCCCCCAUAGGCACGAGAAGCAUUUGGAACACCUGCUAGGUUUGCAUGGCCUACCUUUUGCCCAAUCCGAGCAAAUGAUUAACAGAGGCUGUAGCUAGAUUUCUCUUUCUGGCUACAAAAACACGGAAGGAAAUAUCCCCAGUUUAAACCUAUCCUGCUGUUCUCAUAGGUCACAAUUUUUAAACUGGGUAUGUACAUGCUUGCUUGUAUACAAAUGACAGCGACUAGGAGCAGCUACCCGCACGGCUUGCCCACCUGCCCUCUCCCUCUUGGAAAGAACAGCCGGCAGGUCGGAUCACCGCGGUGGAGGGAAUUCCCGUUGCUCUGUCCAAGCUCCUGCCAACCUAGCUGUUUGAAAGCAUCCCUGUGCAAGCAGAUAAAUAGGUACCACUGUGGCGGGAAGGUAAACAGCAUUUCCAUGCACUCUGGCACUUGUCGAAUACAUGCCUAUCCAAAUUAACUUACCGGUAACUUACUCUUUUAUUUAUCACACACACACACUUAUGUAACUGCAGGUUAUUACAAUAAUCCUGCCACUGUCUUUAUCUGUUUACAAUUAUCUGCAAAUAUUCAAUAAACCAUUUCCAUUCUUUUAUAAAAAGUUUGUUAUCUUAAUUUCUUAUUUUUCCGAUAAGUUUCACCAUUCCUUCAUAUUCUGUAUGUCUUUGUAUCCAUUCUUCCUUUGCUGGGACUUCUGCUUCUAUCCAUUUUGGGGCAAGUAGCGUUCUUGCCGCUGUAGUCGUAUACAUGAAUAAAUUUCUAUACAAUUUAGGUAGUUCUAUCCCUAUAAUUAAGGGACACAGGUGGAGCUCUGGGUUAAACCACAGAGCCUAGGACUUGCCGAUCAGAAGGUUUGUGGUUCAAAUCCCCGCGACGGAGUGAACUCCCGUUGCUCGGUCCCUGCUCCUGCCAGUUCAAAAGCACGUCAAAGUGCCGGAAGGUAAACGGCGUUUCCGUGCACUGCUCUGGUUCGCCAGAAGCAGCUUAGUCAUGCUGGCCACAUGACCCGGAAGCUGUACGCCGGCUCCCUUGGCCAAUAAAGCGAGAUGAGCGCCACAACCCCAGAGUCGGCCACGACUGGACCUAAUGGUCAGGGGUCCCUUUACCUUUACCUAUAUUAUAAACAUGUCAAUAAUUUUUUUCAAAAACAAGGUUGAUAUCUAUUUAUAUCCACAUGCCCAGAUUUAUAUCUAUACUAUAGCAUGCAAAACACCUGUGAGUGUGUAUACUUAUCACCAACAAUUUACUGUUUUACAUCCUAUAGUAUAACUUUCCCACCAGCCAAGACGGGACUUCGCAGCUCCUUUAAUGGGGGGCAGUGGGAGCUCUCCACUGACCACCCCGAGGGUUGCUGGCCCAGGAAAUGGGACGCUUUUGCCACCCUUCUCCGUUAACAGCCAGCAGAACUGCAAGGCACUUGGUUGUGGCACCAGGACGGCGAUCUUCUCGAGGACGGUGCAGCCGGAGCUUCAGCCGAGAGACUCGGCGUGCGUUUUAGCAGGCGGACGGCCCUCCCAGCCCUUGCGCUGGUGCAAUCUAAGAGGCGGGCCGGCGGGAGGCCGAUGCAGAUUCGGCGCCGGCGACGUCACAAUGCCCGGGCUCGGAAGGCGCGCGCGUGCGCACUGAGUCGUCUUUGAUCAGCUGCUUGGAGAAACAAGCGAGCUAGAGGAUCGCGCGCGGGGCUGCAGCGUCGGGAUCGCUUUUCGUCCGCCAGAUCCUUGCAGGCAUUGCGAGCUGCCGGUUCGGAGGGAAGAGGAGAGAAAGGGAGGAAAAGAGGGAGUGGGAAAGAAAAGAAGAAACUUGGCGUCUUGGGACAAGCCAUGAAGUUCCAAUACAAGGAAGACCACCCUUUCGAGUACAGGAAAAAAGAAGGAGAGAAAAUCCGGAAGAAAUAUCCAGAUCGGGUGCCGGUGAGUGGCGCAAUCAUUUGUGCCUUUUUUGUGUGUGCAUGAUCUUGGCUGGGGGUUUGUUUGGAGGCGGGGGAAGCAGGCUUAAAGAUUUAAGGGAGGGAGGAGACGGGUGCCUUUGGCCUGCCAGGUUCCCAAUAUUAGAGGGCCGGAAUGCAAAGGCUCCUGCGCUUUCCUGGACUUGAGGUCUGGUGGAGAGGAAGGAGUUAAAUCCCCUGUGCCACCUCCCUCGUCACCCCCCCCCCCGACGCGCCGCCAAGCAAACAUGGAGGCAGAAGGACAAUGGAUGUGUUAAUGAUGUCACCUUCAGAAGGAGAUUCGGGAGCUCUCUCCGCCCUCCACCAUCCCAAAUGUUGAGAUGCAUCUCUCCCCCUCCCCUAGAUUCUGGCCUGCUUGUGGAGCCUCUCCAUCUCCUGGUCCUUCAAUGCCAGAGUAAUAAGCAGGCGACUGGAGCUGGGAGGACGCAGGAAAAGCAAAGUCAUGGUCUCACAAGCGCCUCACAUUUGCCCCAUCUUUUUCUGGCCCUUCAAAGCAAUCCGUGAUUGCAGUAAUGCGCACCUUGCUUCACAAUUUCCCCAUGACUCGGGAUAUUUGUAUAAGCCGCAACGAAAUGAGCUUCAAUUCAGAAUAUCAAAGCGCAGCUAUUACUGUAUUAUUUUCCUCCUUCGUCAUGUGCCCCUUGCUGCCAAGAUAGUUUCGUUUCAUUAAUGUUGUAUCUCCCCCCCCCCCGGUUGGCAGAUGGGCAAACUGAGGUUGCCUUAUAGGAGCGGUUGGGUACUUGUGUCGAAAUAUUCACAACCUGUCAGAUGUUCUUGGCAACAACUUAGCCUGGGGAGUGGGGGUGUUCCCACAUUGAAGGGAGAUGACACAGGAUCAGAUCAGUGCAGCAAUUUCGGAGGCACUUGCAGUACCUCAGCCCAAGGGGAAUUCCUGGGGAGGAAUGUCUGGCAUGAUGAUGGUGAUGAUAAAGCGGUAAACAAUCUCAGAACUAGAAGAACAGACUGUGUAACUGAGGGCUGGAAGAGUAGGGGAUUAGGCCAAGGCUGGAAAAGGGCUGUGUGGGAAAAGCAUAAGGCAGCCGAGUUUGUGGCUAGUGCUUUUGGCCUAGUAUGGCGCUUCAUUUCCAGGAAGAAUGGAAGACGGAUCCCAUCUGAGGCCUUUGUUUUUGUUGUUGUGUGACUGUUCAGGGUGUUUCUCAGCUUCAUGCAGGAGGUGUCUGGUGAGGCUCCCUCUGGCCUGUACCAGAAAUAAAAUCCACAGUGGCAAAGCACAAGGCUUCAUGUACCAAAAGCUACAAUAGUCUGUGUGGGAAGAUCCUUUGAAACGACUGGCAAGGGUGGGCCAGAGCAUCCUUGCGUUUCCUCUCUUCUGAAGGCUGGUUUCAGUUCCACCAGCUUUUCCACUGCAGUGCACCCAGCAUGCCCCCUUUUCCUUUCUAAAACAGAUCCGUGGCCACAGCAGAUGCUACCUAAUGCCAGACAUAUCUGCCAAGAGCCUGCGUUAUCUUUGUUUUCUGCAAAACAAGUAGGGCCUGCAACAAAAUGAUUGCCUUGUGGAAGGUUCCUAUUCAGGAGGAGCCAGCCAGCCAGCCAUGCUUCCUAAACAUUUUGUUCCAUUCCAUUCCUCUUCCUCUCCUGUUUCCCAUUCUUCAUCCUUGGUCAUCAUUCUGUGCCCUUUGCACAUGCUCAGUUCUCACUUCACUGAGUCCCCCCCCCCACUACUUUUGCAGCUCUUGGGGUUCCCCCAAGUCUCCCACCUGUUCAUUGCUACAUAAUUAUCCCCCCAGAGUGAACUGAGUUUGCUAUUAUGUUUAUGAGAUCUUUGCUUUCUGCAGCUAUAUUUUUUUAAAAACACACAAAAUAAAACAUUGCAGAAUUUUAAAUUUGGGAUAAGAGAAGACAAGGGAUGAGAAAGAGGUGGCGAUAGCUGAGAUGAUACCUUUCAGCUCAAAUGUAUUUGUGAUCUUCUUAUGUUUUCCUAACGCGAGAAGGCUGCAUCGCUAACCACCUAGUUUGUUUUCGUACUGCAUAGUGCAUGUCCUUUUGGACUGGUGGUUCAGGAUUUUGCAGGGUCCCUGUGCAAGAUACCUUCAGUGGUCCCCCUUAAUUUCAGAAGAAAUAACGCAAACGAACAGGAUUAUCUCAUUGUGCCUCAAAGCACCUUCUUUGGUGUUCUUUACCAUGUGAAAAAUACAUGUGCAGAGCCUUAGCUCCCACUGGAUCCAGCCCUGCUCCCCUGCCCCCCCAUCCUUUGUCUCUUAACUCAUUGGUUUCCUACCCCCUGUAGCACACGCGCACUCUCUCUCUCUCUCUGUCUCUCUCUCUCUGCACCAGUUAGGUCUAUAAAAUUCAAUAUAUAUGUCUUGUUAUAUGAACUAGGGGAAACUAAUGAAAUGGACAGGUUUUCAUGCAGUGACCAACCUGACCCCAUGGAAUGCCUGCUGUGGAAAAUUAGGAAAGCUAACAAUUCAACAGUUGUUGGGUUGUUGUUGUUUUUAAAUUUGACUAAUUCAUGGAGUCGGGGGCAUUUUAAACUUGUUCAGUGGAGGUAAAUAAAUAUUCCAUGGCCAUGUUAUUGAGACAAAGAUUUGAGACUUGUUUUGAUAUAAAAUGUAAAGGAUAAAAGUAGGCUCAAGUGAGAAAAUUUGCUAGGCGAAAGAUGCAGUGUGUCUGCACCACACAGUAAUUUCAACAAGCUUUCCCUUAGAGGCAGCCCAAGGAAAGUUUUUUUUUAAAAUGGUGUCUAGUUAGAGAUAUAUUGGGUCAAGCAUAGCACAUUUUGGGUGAACGACAACACAUUUUGCCACCAGCAUAUCUGAAAGCAGUUGUUUUGAAGUUUUACAGGCAAAUGUAAAGUUGUUUAAGUAAUUUCUUUUGCAAUAUAUUCAGGGUCACUCUGUACUAACACAAAAUUAGAAACAUUUCUGAGAAAAAAAAAUAUGUAUAACAGUUAAAGUUCCAAACUGAUUUUGAGGUUUAGACCCACUAGCAGCACUGUGCGUUUGUGUGUGUAUAUAUAUAUAAUGCACGUUCAAAACAGCAGCUUUAACAGACUGAAUGAAGUUGCGUAUGAAUAACUCAGAUUUAUAUAUGUGUAAGUAUCAGGUAGCCUUAGAAACUAUGAAGAGGAGUCAAAAGUUUGUGGAUGUAAACAAUCAUUGCUUGUUGCUAUUUUUCUUGUUAUGCGACUUGUGUUCCUACUGUGGAAAGUUCAUGGGAUAUUUUCUUUCUAAUCCAACUGCGGAUCCUCACAUUUCUGUUUUACAUAGCUUGAAUUUUGACAUGCAUCCUUUCCUUAUUAUGCUCUACAGGGAGAAUUUGCAGGCACAGGGAAAGGUGGCAUAGCUUCUCUUGUUCUCUUUGUUCUUAUUUUUCUUCCUGCUCCUUUUUUUGUCCAGGUUAUUGUGGAGAAGGCACCCAAAGCCAGAGUACCUGAUCUGGACAAGAGGAAGUACCUUGUCCCAUCUGAUCUCACAGGUAAACAAGUCACAUUCCAUAAUCUAUUUUUGCAUUGGUAUUUAAGGAAGGUUUUUCAACAAGUGAUAGAGUUGGUGGCCUCCUCUUUCCCUCGGUCUCAUUGCCUUUGGGAAAACGUUUUGUUAUCUUCAUAGCACAGCGUGAGAAACUGGUGAAUGCAGUUUCAUGGAAUUUUAACUCAGUGGUUAUCCGCACCUUGGGUGAACGUAUCCAGCUGUUCUUGAAAACAACCUUAACAGGUUGGGUGAUAGGAAUUUUAUGGCCUUAAGAUAUAUGGUAAUGUUCAUAAGUGUACCAACUAUGCACAUACAUAGAUCAGCACAGGAAGGCCAACCUGGAACCAUUUUGAUUCCUAAACUGACCAAAUGUUUUCUCUGCAAGGUCAAAGUGGGAAACCUCCCCAUUGUCUCUUUCCUCACAAAUCCUGUCUUAAGGACACAUUUAAGAUAUGAAUAGGGUGUGAGCCUGUGACCUGGCCCAGGAACUAAGUAUUUAUCAUUACAAAAGACUGGCCAGGCUCCCCAGGCAAUCCAAUCAAGUAACCUGCCAGACAGGAGAUAAACAACAACAGGAGAAAAACAACAUUCAAAUUUCUGUUUUAGACCCCCUUUUCUGUGAUGUAGGUAUGAUGUAUCUGGGGGGUGGUCUUGAUCUACAGGGUGGCAAUUUCAAAAGUCUUUAUAAGGCCUUGUGCACCAUUUUUCUGGGUCCCUCCUCUCUCCUGAGGGUGAGAUGAGACCCUUUUGCAACAAAUCAAUAAAGAUCAGGCUUACUAGCUGCUUUGCUUCUCAGUAUUCUCUGGUUGGCCUCUGUUAUUUUUCUCUUACCAAUGGGGAACCUAUGUAAGGACUCUAUAUGGGCUCUUGGAUACCCCAUAAGGGAAAAGGGCAUUUUUUGUUUAUAACAGUUUCCAGCGUUCAGAUUUCUCAGCUGCUAAGCAUCUAGAAUAGAGAUUACAGGCCAUCCAUCUGCUAGUUGUCAUCCCCCAAUUAGGACCAAAAUAACAAAACAAAGCUAACCUUGUGGUUACUUUGCCCUCCCCCCCCCCAGCAGAGAAUUGUAUCCUGGCCAUUUAUCCUCUUGCAUACUAAGUAUUUAUUCUUUUAUGGUUCUAUAAAACAAAUCUAAGUAAGAUUGAUCAGUGGGGAAAUUGCAGUUCUGAAUUUAAAUUUCACCAUGAUGUCACUUAUAACUUCCCUAGGUUGUAUUAUAUGGGAACCAUAUAUUUUUUAAAACUAGCAAGGUACGUUGUAUGGGUGAAGUUAACAGGAGACACACCAGCGGGUGAACUUAGUUCUCAUUUCCGCACUUUCUAUAUCACUUCCCCGCACAAUACAGCAGGAUAUUUUUUCUUGGGCAGAGGUGACUGACAGAUCAAGAGUAGGAGUCAUUGGCCUGGUCCAUGUAUCCAGUGCCCCCCAAGUAAUUGUAGCUGCCUCUGGGAGUGCAUAUAUCGAAAGAGCAGAGCACUGGGUGGUUUGAACAGAAUCUGCAGAAGUGUUGCAAGCCAUCCGUCCAAAGAGUGCUACAGCACAGGUUGGAGGGAUUUUGGCACUACAAAAUAACAACAACAGUGCUAAAAAAAAAAAAAGUGCAAGGGUACUCUCAUUUUGACUCAAGAAAAUCACCAUUUUAUAAUUUAUUUUUUUAAAAAAAUAAUUUUUAUUAAUUUUCCAUUUGCACAUAUAUAAUCACAUUAUUAUCCAUUUUACUUCUUUGGCUCUUUAGAGCCUGACAAUUUAAUAGUCAUAUCAAAAAAUUGCAAAGCACAGUUCCUGAUGGCAAUAACAUAUCAUAUUACCAUUAAGCUCCUAUAUGUUUUUGUUGUCGUGAAGUCCAAGGAUGUUCAGGUCCAAAGAUUGCCAAGUCCAAUGAUUACAAUGUACAGUUCCUGUUGGCAAUGCCAUUUCAUACUGAUAUCUUCCUUCUGCAUCGUCCUAUGUCUUAAAAGUGUAACAAAUGAACUUGCCUUCUGCAUAGUCCUAUGUCUCGAGAGUGUAACAAACAGAGCUACUUAGUAAAAAAAAUGAUGAUAGACCAGUUCUCAGGACAUAUACCCUUGUUUUGCCCAUUGGGCUUCUUCAGCGACAAGGUUUCCAGGUGAUUUUUCAGUAGGUUUUUUCAGCCGAAAUAGUCCACAGAAAUGCAGAAGUUGCCAGUCAGAGACCUGACUAUCCUUGGACUUCACGACAGCAAAAACAUAUAGAAGGUUAAUAGUAAUAUGAUACGUUAUUGCCAUCAGGAACUGUGGUUUGCAAUAUUUUGAUAUGACAAUUAAAUUACAAUUUUAUUAUAUAUAAUGCUAUGUUACUUUACAGCCAGUUACGUGUGCGUUGUGGAAUCUUUUGCCCAACAUGUGUCAUGAACCUUGAGAUUAAGAGUCUCACUUAGUACUUGUGUAUCUCUCCCCUCAGCGAUGAUCUCAGGGCAGCUAGCAAUAAGAAUUUCAGUAAGAAACUAAAAGUAUACAUAAUAAAACAGGAGUCAGGUAACACAAAACUAGAGCAAUGUAGCAGGAGGAUAGAACAAUGGGUUUUUUUAAAAAAAAGGUUAAUGUUUCAGAAGCACUGGGCAAAUCAAGUCUUGUUAUCACAAAGCGUGGGAGUAGAUGCCAGAUUAAUCUUCUGGGAGGAGAGUGUUCCAGAACUGGGGGGCCACAACUGAGAAGGACCCCUCUUGUCACCCUCCACCUCACUUGAGAAGUCCAGGGUUACCAGAAUAGGGCCUCCAAGAAAGAUCUCUGCAUGCGGACAUGUAUAUGUGGGGAAAUGUGGUCCCUCAGCUAUUUAUCUCUGAAACUGUACAUCAGGGGUCAGCAAAUUUAUUCAGCAGGGGGCCGGUCCACUGUCCUUCAGACUUUGUGGGGGGCCGGACUAUAUUUUGAAGGGGGGAAAAUGAACAAAUUCCUAUGCCCCACAAAUAACCCAGAGUUGCGUUUUAAAUACAGUGGUACCUUGGGUUAAGAACUUAAUUCGUUCCGGAGGUCCGUUCUUAACCUGAAACUGUUCUUAACCUGAAGCACCACUUUAGCUAAUGGGGCCUCCCACUGGCGCCGCGCCACUGCUGCAUGAUUUCUGUUCUCAUCCUGAAGCAAAGUUCUUAACCUGAGGUACUAUUUCUGGGUUAGUGGAGUCCGUAACCUGAAGCGUCUAUAACCUGAAGCAUAUGUAACCUGAAGUACCCCUGUAAAAGCACACAGUCUACUCAUGUAAAAACACCAGGCAGGCCCCACAAAUAAACCAGAGUUGUGUUUUAAAUAAAAGGACACAUUCUACUCAUGUAAAAACUACGCUGAUUCCCGGACCAUCCGCAGGCCGGAUUUAGAAGGUGAUUGGGCUGGAUCCAGCCCCUGGGCCUUAGUUUGCCUACCCAUGCUGUACAGGGUUUUGAAAUUUGAGUGAUUGCCAAUAUACCUUUUUUUUUUUUUUUACUCUUCCUCUCCCCACCAACUGUAGUUGGCCAGUUCUACUUUUUGAUCCGAAAGCGAAUCCACCUGAGGCCAGAGGACGCCCUGUUCUUCUUUGUCAACAACACCAUUCCUCCCACCAGUGCUACGAUGGGCCAGCUGUACGAAGUAAGUAAGAGGCUGUCAUUCCAUCCUAAUGGUGGACUUCCUGGAGCUUAAUUAUAGCUUGUCGCGUGGCACGUUCUGGUUCUGUGGGCAGUAUGAAAUGAAAGGCUGAGAACGUGCAAACUUGCAAGAGGCUGCAGACUCCUCCAAACUGACUUAGUUCAGAAGAAUUUCCCAAGAAUAUGGUAUGAAGGCACAUGAAGCCACCACCUGGGUAAAACUCAACAGGUCUGGUCAGUUCCUGUCUGGAAAACACACGUACCACACUUUCUUCCAGGACAGGAGACGUGGCAGGACAUAAAUGUAAGAAAAUGAAUUAAAAUAAUUAAAUAAUGCAACAAACUCUCCAUUAAUCUGCAGAAAAAAACCCACCCCAAAAACGAGAAAGAAAAUAUUCCCUCUGAGGGAGGAGAAUUAGGAAACCUAGUUACUAAUUAAUUAUCUUGCCUGCCUAAAGGACAUUUUCUAUUAUUAACCAAACAGGGAGGUAUCAUCCUCCAGGGCAAGCUAUUAAGGUCAUAUCCUGGAGAUGCUUAGACUAAACUUCUGAAUUAAUUCCUGGGCUGAUCAGUAGCCAAAUUCAGCUGAAUAGCUUGUGUUGCUCGGAGCUUUCCUUGGAACGCAGUACCAUCUGAUAUCUAGAGUGAUGCCGGCCCGUCUUUAAGUAAUUAAAAUAUAUUUCCACAUCAAGAGGAGAAGAAACGUUGUCAGUGUCAGAGAAAUAAAGAUGAUGAUGAUGAUGAUUUGUACCCUGCUCAUCUGACUGGGUUGCCCCAGGCACUCUGGUGCCCAUUAGUGUUCCCAGAUGAACAUUUAAUUUAAAAAACAAACUCGGAGUACUAUAUUAUCGUGUUACCUGUUUGGUGGAAGCUGUAUGGAAGUAUUUCAAGUUAGAAAUCAAGUUAUCACAUAGGUCAUUUAUGGAGAAGCGAUGUUCUAGAGCAGAAGGGCCCAACUCUGCAUAGAUACAGUAAGCUUGGGUGGCGUACUUUGCUUUAAUGGAACUCAUAUUUUGUAAAUCUAGAAUAAGAGGCAGGGAGAGAGAGAGUUGUCCUACAUCCACAUGCCCAUUUCUCUAUUGUACAUUGUAUUGUUUCAUAAGCAAAGGAGCAAGCAGACAAGAAGUGCAAGUCUCCUUUGUGGAAAAUAAUUUAUAUCACUUCCGUGCCCUGCAAAUUAUUGAGAAGAAUCUUAUAUUUUUCUUGUGCAGUUCAGUUGUUUUUUGGAAGAAGACCACACUGGGAAGGUGCUGUCAUUAGAAUUCUCAUACUAGACAGAUAGGGAGAUUUAUGGUUCCUGGUAGUUUUCUUCCUCUGUUGGAUAAGGAUAGAUACUCUGGAAAUGGAGGAAAUACAGGUGAAACUCGGAAAAUUAGAAUAUUGUGGAAAAGUUCAUUUAUUUCAGUAAUUCAACUUAAAAGGUGAAACUAAUAUAUGAGAGAAACUCAUGACAUGCAAAGCGAGAUAUGUCAAGCCUUUAUUUGUUAUAAUUGUGAUGUUUAUGGCGUACAGCUGAUGAAAAUUAACAGUCUCAGAAAAUUAGAAUAUUAAAGGAAAUCAGCAAAACAAGGACUGCAAAUAGAGCAAUAUUGGACCUCUGAGAAGUAGAAGCAUGCACCUGUACUCAGUACUUGGUUUGGGCCCCUUUUUUGCUGAUUUCAUUUAAUAUUCUAAUUUUCUGAGAUUGUUAAUUUGGGGUUUUCAUCAGCUGUAUGCCAUAAACAUCACAAUUAUAACAUAUCUCGCUUUGCAUGUCAUGAGUCUAUCUCAUAUAUUAGUUUCACCUUUUAAGUUGAAUUACUGAAAUAAAUGAACUUUUCCACAAUAUUCUAAUUUUCUGAGUGUCACCUGUAUUUUUAGCUAUCGUAUAGAUUGGCAGCUACCAACUUUCCUCCUUGAGUUCAUCAUCUGUUUUAAAAGCUCUUUCUGCUAGUGCCCAUAUCCUGAGCUCUCUCACUGGUAAAAAUACUAACUGUGGAUUGCAGUAUUUUGAAUUCCUUCCUACUGCUGUAGAUUUAAGCACCUCCUUCAGAAAAACAACCCAGCUCUGGCCGGCCAGCUCUUCUGUCAGUACAGUAUGGCCUUUUCUGUAGCUGCAUACACUACACUGCUUUUGCGUGGGCGUCUUAUAAUCCUUGUUAAAUGAUAAUGAAACCAUUCUAGUAGGAGUGCUGCAAUGUAAUCUUACCUGGGUCAGGAGCUAAUCAGCUUAAUUUAUCUUUAAUUGAUCAACAUUAUUUAUUUAUUUUAUUGGGUUUUAUAAACAUCUGACCAACAUUUUUGGAAGAAGCAGCAUAGCUGUAGUUUUGUCAUUUUGCCUCAAGUUUCAAGCACGAUACGCUGGUUCUCAUGUAAUCUGAAACCAAAGUUAAAAAUAAAUAAUGGUUUACCGCAAAUGGGCAAAGUGCUGGUGCGUGCUGUCUUAAAAUGCCACGGUGCUGUUCCACCACUUCUCCUUUUAAGUACAUGGGAGGAAACAAACAAGCUUUCUGGUUUAGCGUCAUGUGCAAACCACAAACAGUAAGCCAGGAACAAAUCUUGGCUUCCUUUCAUGGUUUCUUUGGAGAUAAACAAAUCAGACACUGGUCAGUGCUGUGACUUGUUUCCUUCUGGCUGCCGAAAAGGAUGAGCCGGGUGCGGAGCAAAGCAGCCACAAUAUUAGAGUAGCAUUCAUCAACACACUGAAAAUUGGUUUUAAACCGUGGUUUAUUUUUAACUAUGGUUUAGCAUUGCAUGUGAACCAGCUCAGUAUAAAUCAGUUUCCCACACUUGGCACUCUGACCCAGGGUUUGUGGUUUCCUUUGGGGAAUGAAGCAGUUUGGAAAGCUUCAUUUAUACCAGGGUUUCCCAAACUUGGGUCUCCAGCUGUUUUUGGACUACAAUUCCCAUCAUCCCCUGACCACUGGUCCUGCUAGCUAGGGAUGAUGGGAGUUGUAGCCUAAUAACAGCUGGAGACCCAAGUUUGGGAAACCUUGGUAUAAAUGAAGCUUUCCAAACUGCUUCAUUCCCCAAAGGAAACCACAAACCCUGGGUCAGAGUGCCUGGAGCCUCUGAAAUCUCACACCGCUUGGAGAUUGGGGAGGUCACCAAAAAUAUGCAAAGGUGUGGAAAGCAUGCGAGCCUUUGUGCACAACUCAACUUACCUGAAGGCCUACCUUUAAAAAAACCCCAGGGUUUGUGUUUUCCUUUGGGGAAUGAAGCACAGCAGAGACUGUGGUGUCUUUAUGAUAGAUGGCUUAUUUACACAUAUCUACAGUAUCCGUGGGACGUGGGUGGUGCUGUGGGUUAAACCACAGAGCCUCGGACUUGCCGAUCAGAAGGUCGGCGCUUCGAAUCCCCGCGACGGGGUGAGCUCCCAUUGCUCAGUCCCUGCUCCUGCCAACCUAGCAGUUUGAAAGCACGUCAAAGUGCAAGUAGAUAAAUAGGUACUACUCCGGCGGGAAGGUAAACGGCGUUUCCAUGCGCUGCUCUGGUUCGCCAGAAGUGGCUUAGUCAUUCUGGCCACAUGACCCAGAAGCUGUACACCGGCUCCCUCGGCCAAUAAACUGAGAUGAGCGCUGUAACCCCAGAGUCAUCCGCAACUGGACCUAAUGGUCAGGGGUCCCUUUACCUUUACCUUACAGCAUCCAAACAAGAGGGUCUUGUUUCUCCCAGACUUGGAUUCAAACAGAAAUCAAACAUUGCUCUCAAGCGUUGCUCUGACUCUUUCUCUCUCCAGCUUGCUGCUUUACUUCUGAGUCACAUCGCUGCCAAACUGCACUCCAAACUCUGGCUUUGUCUUCUAACUGGCCAUGAGCUUGGGUGUGUGUGUGUGUCAUCCAUUUAGUGGCUCAUACAGAGCCCCUUUCCUUGGUUUCCAUUAAUGGCCCAUCACAGAGCCUAUCUCCCCCAACAGAGGAAGCUAGCCUGCCUUAUCUUUAAACAGUUGCUGGAUCCAAAGGUUAGAAGGAUCUCUCCAUACAGCCAUCUCCUCCUCCACACCAAGGAAUAACAUUGGCUCCCAGCACGUUUCCAAGCACAAUUCAAAGUGUUGACAGCAGGGGGAGAACCGGUGGCAGCUGGUGCCCACUAGACCCAAUGGAGCUAUCAAGAAGUCAUAGGGAUGUGGCCAAUGAGAGCUCACAGGGGCAUGGACCAGUUUUGGUUUUCUCCCUAUCAUCCACCCUUGCAAAGAUAUUGCAAACAUUUAAGCAUUGCUGUUUUACAAAUAGCUUGCACCUAGCUAAAUGGAAAAACAUCUUACUUUGGUUCAGAAUGUAGGAUAACCAGCCUCAUUUGACCAGCAUUCUUGAGCCUAAUUCAAAGUGUUGGUGCUGACCUUUAAAGCCCUAAACGGCCUCAGCCCAGUAUACCUGAAGGAGCGUCUUCAGCCCAGACACUGAGGUCCAGCUCUGAGGUCCUUCUGGCGGUUCCCUCACUGCGAGAAAUGAGGUUACAGGGAAUCUGGCAGAAGGCUUUCCCAGUAGUGGCGCCUGCCCUGUGGAACACCCUCCCAUCAGAUGUCAAGGAAAUAAUCAACAUCUGACUUUUCGUUAGAAGACAUCUGAAGGCAGCCCGGUUUAGGGAAGUUUUUAAUGUUUGAUGUUUUAUUGUGUUUUUAAUAUUCUGUUGGGCGGGGUAUAAAUAAAUUAUCAUUACAGUGGUACCUCGGGUUAAGUACUUAAUUCGUUCUGGAGGUCUGUUCUUAUCCUGAAACUGUUCUUAACCUGAUGCACCACUUUAGCUAAUGGGGCCUCACGCUGCUGCCGCGCCGCCGGAGCACGAUUUCUGUUCUCAUCCUGAAGCAAAGUUCUUAACCCGAGGUACUAUUUCUGGGUUAGUGGAGUCUGUAACCUGAAGCGUAUGUAACCUGAAGUGUAUGUAACCCGAGGUACCACUGUACAGUCAUACAGUGUUACGGAUGCUUCAGGUUACGUGUUUUCGGGUUGCGGACUGCGGGAAACCCGGAAGUACCGGAAUAGGUUACUUCCAGGUUUCGCUGCUUGCGCAUGCGCAGAAGCACCAAAUCACACCGGCACAGACGUGGCACUUGAGGAUGCGAACACUGCAGGUUGCAGAUGUGCCUCCGUCAUGGAUUACAUCCGCAACCCAAGGUUCCACAUUAUUAUUAUUAUUAUUAUUAUUAUUAUUUCGAUUACAAUGAUGUUGACUUCUGCUCCUCUCUUUCCUCCCACCCCACAUUUUUAUUUCCCCAGGAUAAUCACGAGGAGGAUUAUUUUCUGUAUGUGGCUUACAGUGACGAAAGCGUGUACGGCAAAUGAGCCCCUCGGCUGCUGUCCUCACAGUUGCGAUGGCCUGAAAUGACUGUUCUGGGAGGGCGUUUCUGCGUCAGACAGAAGCGAGAAGAGGGAGGAAGAACUGGACAACAAGCCACAUAAUCUCAUGCCAUCAUUCCUUGCACCUUUAUUUUAAAUUAAUUAUUACUGUUGUUUUAUUUAAUCCGUUGGGGGAAAGAAUAGUUGGUGUUUUGCGGCGGUCAGGGCUUUGGGAUGGAGAGAUCUGUUUGCCAAGUUCCCACCUUCCAUUACACUACCUGGCUCUUCCAUCAAUGCCCAGUGAGAGGAGAGGAUGCUAUCUAGUGAUCUUGUCGGAACUGCCAAAGGGAACUGUGGCUCUCCCCGUAGCAACUAAUCUUUAUUUUGCCUAUUUUUUAAAGACGGCAGCCCCCUCUCCUGUGCAUGAGGGAGAUAUUAAUUUCUGUUAAUUUGUGAGCCUUUUCUGCCCACCCUUUGCCCUCCUUUCCUUGGCCCUGAUCCCAGCGGUACGUGUGCACCCCUCUCCCGUCUUCCUCAUGCGUAGCAUCUCUGAUUUGAGUUCAUCCAUCACUCUAGCAGCAUGUCAGCCUCCUAUAAGCAGAACCAUGCAGAUGCCAUGCAGUAUGGAGAAAACCAGCUUCCUAAGCAGUUUGGCUAACUUAAAACAAUGACAGCACGUCCCUUUCUUUCACGGUGUUACUAAUGAAUUGGACCUUGGGCGUCUAUCCUAUAUUGCAUUCUGCACGAGUGUUUUGUGAUGUUCUGUGUCCUUGCUUGCCAGUGAAAGGCUGUUCUCUGCUAGGUCACCAUCCUGAUACCUGUCUUGUGUUUCCUUUGCUGCUAUCAAUUCAAUAUGGAAAGGGAAAAAAAUAUUGGGAUUAACCUGCACCCACCGCCUUGCCUCUAAGCAUAUAUUCUGCAGUCCUUUUGUGAAAACAGUUGUGUUUUUUUCCUAAGGAGAGCGGCACCACUCUCCCACAUCCCUGACAAUAGCCAUCAAUAUUGAAAAAGAGUUUGCCCAAAGUAGGCAUUUAUGCUGCAGGGGCCACAGCAGUUUCUUUGUGACAGUAGUAUUGGUCUCCCUCUCUCUUUACACUGGUUGCUCCCCGUCGAGAAAUCAUGGUGAAAUGUAGGACGUUUUGUGUUGUGGCUUAUCUUUUUCAAUGCUCCCUAUGGUUAGAUUUUGUAGUUUUGUAGCAACUGAGCAUAUUUAGAAGAGAGGCGAAGGAUGAACAAAGGAUGGCAGCUACAUAACCUUAGACUGGAGAAGAAAAAUGAUUGCCUCUGGAAUCCUGAACUCUUUAGGUGACACCUAUUCUUGAGAAAUGUCUGAGUUUAUGGAAACUGGUGACAUGCCCGCCUCUGCUUCUCUGUUUAACUCCUCCCCCUGCUCAUAGCUUUAUAGCGUCAUUCCUACAAGAGUAUCACCAGAUGGCAAGGGGCCUAGUGGACCAGAACUCUCUUAGGCAGGGGCCAAGGAUUUGAAGGGAUGGUGAAGAGUUGAAAUUGAAAUUGCACAGCUGGGGAGCGGAAGUGACACAAAUAGCUGGAGGGAUACCUGUUAGUUUCGGUGUGUCUUGCCUGGAUGCACUCCUUGUGGCAAGACUGGUUCUGCUUAGUAUGCCAAGUUCCUUCCAGUACAAAUUUCAGUUGGCUCCACUUCCGUUUCCUCAGCCUUCCUGUCUUUCAGGAUGUCUUCAAGAGUCACAUUCCGAAUUCUUACAGGUCAGGCAAGUCCGGUGUGAGUCAGGGCAUGCCUGCGUGUGCGAUUGUGUGCACCAGUGUAUUCCCUCCCUCAUCUCUGCUUGGGGAAAUAUAACGGAUGUUGAAAGAGACUAUGAUCUACCCCCUCCCCCCAAUGCUGCUGCUGGUCUUUAACCGACGUUCAUGGGCUCUCAACAUACCCAUUUCUUACAUAUGAAGGGUUACGUUUGAAGGUUUUUUAUUUAAAACGGAUUGUGGCAUUUACUUUUCAUUUUCGCUUUUCUCCAGUAUGUAAAAUGCAGUGUUGAUUAUACUUUUGUCAUUAACUCCAACCAGCUUCAGAUUCCUGUAAGAUAAAAUCCAUGUCACAUCGGCUCAAAUCAAUAAACACACAUGUAAAGAUCUGAGAA